UGUUUGGAAGAUGGCGGCACACGAGCCUAGUCUUGCCCCAUGGUUACAUUUCUUUACAUGCAUUCAUGAAACUUGAAGGAUUAUCCAGUAAUGGAUAGACGAAAUUUUAAGAAAGUUACCAGCGAAAAUGGUUUCUCAAAUGCAGUGAUGAAAGCAGAACGAUAUUCAGCACAAGGUCAAAAUGCUGACCGCGUCCAGGCCAAGCGGGCAAUUUUGCAAGAACUUGGCACAGAUCUGUCAAUACGUGCAGAAAGAAUGCGAUUAAAGACACGAAAUCUAAGCGAUGGUUCUACGAGACACGACAAUAGUAUCCUGGAAGUUGGAACUGAAAAACGCAAUGAUGAAACUUACAGAGCUACACAGCUGGUACCAGGUGUCCAGAGUGUCCGGGAUGUCGUCAGCAGCCCGACCAGGAUCCCAGUGUCGCAGGCCAGACAGAGGCGAUGGGAGAAGGAGAGAGUCUUGAACAAGCAGCCCAAAUCCAACAUCAACAUUCACAACUACAGGCCGGAUUAUUUGUGGAACAGAGGAGGACGUGUUAAAGAACUGAGAAUAAGGUGUAUUGCAAGAAAGUUCCUACAUCUAUGGAUUAAAAAUGUUUUUGGAAGAGUAACUCUCUCCAAGGCAAGAACCCAUUUCAACAAGCACCUGCUGAAGGUGACAUUUUGUGUGUGGUAUGACAUGUGGUGGGAGCUGAGGAAGGAAUGGAGACUGCAGGUCCGGGCAGAGUGUCAUCACAGGUAUGUGUUGUGGAGCCAUGGGUUUCAAGCCUGGAAAGACUUUGUGCAGAUCCAGAGAGUGAAGAAAGCAAAGUUCUUCAGAGCACAGAGACAUUAUGUUCUGCAUCGGGAGAGCCAGGUGAUGCGCUGCUGGGUGCAGUACGUGCAUCAGAGAAGGGCGAUCAAGCAACUGCAGGAGCAGGCCAACAAUUUCCGGAGGGGCUCUCAACUAAGGUGGGCGUGGCAGCAGUGGCAGGUGGAGAUGGCCCUCUCCCAUGAGAGACAGGAAAUGGAUGGCAUCGCUCUUCAGUUCUGGGCAUACAGAAUACAAGCUCAGCACUGGUUGUUGUGGCAUGAGGCGUUCCAACAGCGUCAGUUGGACAAGCAGAAGGUUCUCCAUGCAGAUCGGCACCAGAACUCGGUCCUAGCGACCCGCUGCCUGCAUGCCUGGAUCUUGUACUACAGGACACGGAUGGAGAAGAAGAAACACUACGCGUAUGCUGCGAGGCUGUACCAGACCGUCCUGAAGUCCCGCUACCUGCACACGUGGCAUCAGCAUCUCGCACUGCGCCAGUCGCUGGCCCGGCACCAGGACCACAUGCAGCACCUGGCCUACAGGUUCAGGCUGCGACGCUCGGUUCAGCACUGGAAACAAUAUGUGUAUGGGUGUCGAGCGGCCAGGGAGAAAGGGAAGACAGCUGACCAACACUACAGACACCACCUGCUGCUUGUUGGUCUCAAUUCAUUCCGGCUGUAUGUGGUACAGCAGAGGCUUCAGGCCAUGCGACACAGGAUGGCCGAACAGCUCCAUCACAGACAGGUGAUGAGGGGAGUGUGGAGCCGAUGGCUGAUGCGAUGUGAAACACACGAGGAGCUGAAGAUGAUGCCUCAAACACAGAAAGCCAGGAAGCAUUACAGCUGUGUGCUGCUUGGGAAGAGUCUCCAGGCCCUGCUGAACUACGCUCGGUGGCGACACCACAGGAAGAACCAGUACAGUCAAGCCGACGCCCAUUUCUACCUCCAUAUCAUGCCCCAGUGUGUGUUCAGGAUGAGAGUCUUUGUGCAGAUGGAGAAGAACAACCGGGAAAAUCAGGAGAAGGCUGGCCAGUUCAGACGGGAGACUUUAGCGGUGAAGUUCUUCACACAGUGGCAGAAGGCUCUGGACAACAGCAGGGAGCACCGUAUGCUGGAGAGGAUGGCAAUUCUUCAUGAUGAGGACAACACAGCACACAGGUUUUUCCGCGUGUGGCGAGCUCGUACAGUGGACAGACUGGAGGAGAAUAAGAAAACAGAGCUGGCCGGGGAGCACUACUGUGUCUCACUCUGUGUUCGGCAUCUCAGGGCAUGGAAGAGGCAUAUAGAUGACCUGAAACACAGUGAGCUGAAUGUGGUGAAGGCCAUGAGACACGAUUAUCUGGCUGUAAUCAGGAAGGGCUUCACCAAGUGGAAAUCUUACAAUGGGCAUCGAAAGGAAAAACAUCAUCUCAAGUUGAGGGCUUUCUCUCACCUCAAGAUAAAACUGUAUAAGACGACCAUUACACAAUGGAGGUCAUACGUUGACAAGGCAAAGAAGGUCAAGGUCAUAGCUGAUGAACGGUAUCAACACAAAUGUGGCGAACAUCUGAGGUGGGCUUUUUGUCUGUGGGGAGAGAAUGCACGACUCCAAGUGGCAGAGAGACAUCGUGAGAGCCAGGCCAGUGUCCAUCACAACAGAUACCUGCUGGUGAAGGUAUUGAGGACAUGGCACAGGUUUGCUGCCAUCCACGCAUACAAGAAGUCCGAGGCUAGGCACCUGGAGGAAGACGCCAGGACAGAACUUAAUAAAAGUAAGCUGCGGCGGUACCUGCAGCAAUGGUGUGACGCCAGAGAUGCGGCUGUUAUUGGACGACUCCGGUGGCAGCAAGCUGUGGAACAUCACCAACAUGUUGUCAUGAGAGCAGCUGUCUUGCAGUGGAGGGAUUACACCAAACUGAACAUCAGGAAAACUCUUCUCCGGAGACAGAGUACCUGGUUCCUGAAUGUCCGUCUGACGGCCAAGUCGUUUCUGAUGUGGAAGGAGAGGAUGGCCGAGUCGGGGGAGAUGAAACAGAAAACAGGCCUUGCUCUGUGGCACUGGAGCCUUGUGCUUCUCAAGAAGUCUGUGGUGGCGUGGUACGUGUACAGUCAGGAGAGACAAAGAAAGAAGCAGAGGGUUGUGGUAGCUCUGGAGGGGAGACGACUCCGUCUACUACGUGACGGUGCUGCCCAGUGGCUGCGGGUCUCGAAUGACCUGGCGGACAUGAGAGCCAAGUUUGCAGCACAACAACAAGCCAAGAGUGUAUUUGACACCUUCCAAGUUGUGCAGAAGUGUGCAUUACACUGGAAAUACAUGACAGCUCGUAGGCGGGAAGUGAGGGGUGGUCCCCUGCCCCCUCGACCUCGCCCCUCCUCUCAGCCCCACCCCUCUUCUCAGCCCCACGUCCAGCAUUCCUCUCAACAGACCAGCUUCCCACAACACCUUUCCGACUUCCAUUCCUUACCCUUCCAGCCUAAUCCCCACGCCCCAGAGGCCUCAGUGCCCCACCCUCCCCUUCCGGUACAGAGAGCAGGUGCCCCCUUACCAAACCUGACACAGACCAUGUCGCCAUGUAGACCUCACCACAGACCGGAGAUAGGACAAGGUGACGGGCCUGCACCUUCGUCUCGGAGGGAGAGAGCGCGGCCAAGGCAACCUGCAUUCCUCAUUGAGUCCCUGAAGCGAGCAGGGCUGUAUGCUUCAGUGUAUGAGACGUCUGAUGUGGUUGAGCUGAGAGAACCACCUGCUGCAUCACCACCUCCUCACCUCCACGCAGCCCAGCAACUGACCCCUCAUGCCUCAACUGUGCCUGGUCCUACAGUACCCACAUCCCAACCACACGCCACACUGAUGCUGGCCCAGGACGAGGUGUCCUUCCCCAGUCGACACUCACACAGCCCCAGGGUGGAGCACCAGGGUCAGGGCCCAGGACACAGCCCGAGGGUGGGGCCGCAUGAUCAGGGCCCAGGACACAGCCCCAGGGUAGGCCACCAGGGUCAGGGCCCAGGACACAGCCCCAGGGUGGGGCCGCAUGAUCAGGGCCCAGUCCACAACCUUCAUCUCUCCAGCACCUCAGACACAGACUUUGCUCCCCCUGCCAACUUUGUGUCUCCCACUUGUAGCACACAGAGAUCACAGCCAUCAGGUAACCCUCUCCUAUACUCCUCCCCAAAAGGUGAGGCCGGCAGGCGCCAUGAGCACCACACAGAUCAGUCAUGGAGGCCGGAGAGAAACAUCAUCAGCGGUAACCUUGACGACCUGACUCCCGGGAAACCCAUGCUCCUCACCCCAGAUGAUUUCAUCAAGAAGUCGGACAGACCGGAGGAGUUCCCAGCCAGGAAUGGGGACAGAGUGUCGUUUGACUCCUCCCAGAACAGGUAUCACCUGGACACAUCGUCGGACACACACCCUCCCAGCGCCAGGAACGUAGACAGACACAAGGGGACCAACAUGUACCUUGACCUCUCCACUGUCAUGGACCUAAAGCAGUCAGAGGUCAAGGUCAACCUGUCUCCAGCAGAGGAAAUUGUUCAGAUCCGUGAUCGGUUGAAAUCUUUUGAUGAGAUGAAGAAGAGGCUAAGGAGGCUGACAAAGCAACAGCGGCAGCUGGCUGGCUGGUUGAAGGACCAGCUGCAAGAGGCUGGAGGCGAAGCUGAUGAGGAUGUGGUCAACGCCAAACAUGAACUACAGGAUGUGUCAUGUGAGAUGGAGGAGCUGAAGGUGGCAGUUGAGGGACAGAAGGGGGUGUGUCAACAGCUGGUGGGAAGAGCCAAGCAGCUGGUGCAACAGCUGGACAACAGUUCAUAGCUGUCACCGAAUAUCUAACAUGACAUGAACCAGCUGAAGACAGCAAAGUUCUGGAUGAACAGCUUUAAGAAUCAUGUCUAAAAGUACAAUAAUACCUAUAUUUUGUAGAACUGACAACAUACUGAUAAGAGUAGUAACCAGAAUGUAUGUUACUUGGUCUUCCAUGUAGAGUAAUCACUGCAUAGGGAGGUACUUGUAUAUCUCUGUAGAUACUUGUACAUUAAUAAACAUGUCAAAUACGACUUCAAGCAUC